CUGCGAUGUAAAGAUUAAAAACAAAAGUAGAACAAUGUAUUAAUUGUAUAAGAUCCUAUUUGAAUAAAACAUAUUUCUUUAACAUAUUUUUUAUUCUAGAUAAUUUUUAUUUCAGAACUUAUGAAUCACAUGGUACGUAUCAUUUACAGCAUAUAAUUUUACGCCUGGUAAAUGUCUGGAAGAAACCAAAGACUAAUCAAUAGACAUCAUGAUAUUACUUUGUUAAUUAAUCAUGGCUUUUAAUAAUUUAUACACCUAUCAUAUAUAUUGAGAAUGAAGUGAUUCACCCCAGCGAUACGUGGUACUUUUUAUCUAGAACACGCUUAUCCAUUUAUCUUAUAUUUGCCAAUGAUAAAGCAUCGGAACGUUGAGCCAUGAUACUCCCGUACUUGUCGACGUUCUCGAUUGACUAACGUUCUUCUUGCAUCGUGUCGUUUCAGAAAUAAUACGCAGAUUGGUGAAACGUGACUUUGUGACGGAGGAUAUCUUCCGCAGGAUACAAGAAGAUGGCCACUAAGGGUUCUGGACCGCCGCUCGAAAAGCAAAUCGGUUGCAUCAAAUUUACGAUUUUCUGCUUGAACGCAAUAAUAUGGAUUCUCGGCUGCGCAAUGUUCGGUUUAUCCAUUUGGAUGCGAUUCGAACCAAUAUUUGAAGAAUGGGUGGAGUUUUUGAACAUAUACGAAUUCUACAUCGGGAUUUAUGUGCUGAUUGCCACCUCGGUGCUCGUCAUGGCUAUCUCUUUCAUUGGUUGCGCCGCCGCGCUUAUGGAGCACGUCUUGACUUUAUAUACCCACGUGGGACUCCAAGCGUUCAGCUUCAUCUGCGGUUUAUCCGGAGCGGCGGUCAUUCUCGAUUAUUCAACGUACGAUAGUAAAAUUCAGCCCAUCAUCGAACGAUCCAUGUAUAAUCUUAUUAGCAACUCCCAACACGAGACAGCGAGCUUCAUUCUGCGUGUGAUCCAAGAAACUGUUGGAUGUUGCGGAGCCAAUGGACCUAGAGAUUAUACACAAAUGCGUAAACCAUUGCCUACCGAAUGUCGUGACACCGUCACCGGAAAUGCUUUUCAUCACGGCUGCGUCGAGGAAUUAUCCUGGUUUUUGGAAGCCAGAUCAGGAUGGCUUGCUGGUUUGGCGAUGGCGUUGUGCAUGCUGCACGUAAUUAUAGCAGUGCUGUCAUUGAUACUUGUACGAGCGAUUAAGAAGGAAGAGGAAUCGAUAACGUUCAAACGUUAGGCAUUAAUUACAUCUAAUGCAACAGUGACAUGUGUAAUUAUAGUUCUUAUGAGAACACAAAGAAAGGAAAUUUAAUAUUAAAUCAUAAUUUGACGAACAUCUAUUCCGAGAGUAACGCUAUGCAGGAAUAUAGAAUAGUAAUUCGUGCUUUUUAAUUUCUAAAUUUUUAAUUUAAAAAAAUUUUUAAUUUUUUGAGGAAAAUAUAACCUUUCAAAUUCGAAUUUACAUUUAAUUCAAGUUUGAAAUGAAAUGAUUUAUAUUUUUAUUAUUACCUUAAGAAAUUAAUUGCAUUUUAAUUAUCAUUUUUUAAUUGAUUUGCGACAAUCAUAUGCAUUUCACUUUAAUCGAACGUUUUCAAUCAUUUAUUUUGUUCUCCCACAUUAACAUUUUUGUAGUUUUGUAUACCUUUUUUUAUUAUCCUUUACAUAAAUCAUAUUUAUAAUUUAAUCGCUUUUAUAGAAGAAGUCAUGUUUAACAAGAAUUUAAAUAGAAAACAGAGAAUACAUAAAUAGAGAAUAA